AGCGUAAGUCUCUUUUCGUCCGUCAGUUUUCCCUCCGCGGCGGCGAUGAGCUAAGCGGCUAAAGCUAACGCGCUAAGUGUGCGUCUGAAGAUAAAACCUUAUCAUCGGCGCCGCAGUUUUUCCAGACUCGAAUAAAAAAACUCCCCGAAACACUGCGACACUCCGGGCAACGUGAGACACCAGGAGGUGCAUGAGCAGGAGGGAAGAUGUUCAACAAGUCGUUUGGGACUCCGUUUGGAGGAGGCACCACCGGGGGCUUCGGCACCUCCUCCACCUUUGGACAGCAGAACACAGGCUUUGGGGCGACCGGAGGCUUUGGGACGUCGGCUUUUGGAGCAACAACCAACACCGGAGGGCUGUUCGGCUCCGCGCAAAAUAAACCUGGAGGUCUGUUCGGCUCCACCACCUUCAGCCAGCCCGCCACCUCCUCCACCAGCUCCGGCUUCGGCUUCGGGGCCAACACGGGCACCUCCACCAGCCUGUUCGGGAGCACCAACACGGGCACCACCGGAGGCCUCUUCUCGACCAACAACAAUGCGUUUGGAGCCAACAAACCCACUUCCUUCGGCAGUUUUGGCACAAGCACGAGCAGCGUGUUUGGUUCCGCCAACACUACGUCCAACCCGUUCGGUCCCUCCAGCUCUCUGUUCGGAGGCUCGGGGUUCAACGCCACAGCACAGCAGCCCGGGACCACCGUCAAGUUUAAUGCUCCGACCGGCAGCGACACGAUGGUGAAGGCCGGCGUGACCACGAGCAUCAACACCAAACACCAGUGCAUCACCGCCAUGAAGGAGUACGAGAACAAGUCCCUGGAGGAGCUGCGAAUGGAAGAUUACCAGGCCGGUAGGAAGGGUCCGUCCAACCCCAUGGCCCCAGCUGCGGGUUCUCUGUUUGGGGCAAACACCGCCACCUCCAGCGCCUCCACUGGGCUGUUCGGCGCCUCUGCCCCCAACACCAGCUUCUCCUUUGGGGGUAACAAGGCCACCUUUGGCACCAGUACAGGAGGAUUCGGCGCCACCACGGGGACUCUGUUUGGGCAGCCGCAGCCUCAGCCGGCACCGAGCGCCAGCCUCUUCAAACCCUUCGGUCAACCCACCACCACGCAGAGCACCGGCUUCUCCUUCGGGAACACCGCCUCCAUGGGACCGGCCAACACCUCCAGCAUGGGCCUGUUUGGGAGCACUGCCCCCACUCAGUCUGGAGGUCUGUUUGGCGCGACUCAGACCACCACCUCCGGGUUCGGCACCACCACCGGCCUCUUCGGGACCAACACAGGCUUUGGCGGCGUGGGCACGCAGCCGAGUCUGUUUGGGAAUAAGACGGCAGGCUUUGGCACCACCACAACCAGCGCUCCGUCAUUUGGCACCGGCCCCAGUCUGUUUGGGAGCAAACCGGCUCUGACCCUGGGCACUGGUACAAACACAUCCACGUUCGGCUUUGGCGCAAACCCGGCUGGAGGAAGUCUCUUUGGGACCAAACCCGCGACUGGAGGCCUGGGCACUGGGCUGGGCACCGGCUUCGGAGCAGUGGUGGGGGCAGGACAGCCAUCGCUCUUUGGAAACACACAGAACAAACUGGGCACGACCCUGGGAACAAUGGGAACGUUCGGAGCGACCGGGUUCAACGCUGGAGCCAGCAGCCUGGGCUUUGGAGCGCCUCAGCAGCCUGUGGCCCUUACCGACCCCAGUGCGUCGGCCGCUCAGCAGGCUUUGCUACAGCAGCAGCUCAGUGUUCUGGCCUAUUCUCCGUACGAAGACUCUCCUCUGUUCAGGAACCCUCUGUCCGACCCCAAGAAGAAGGAGGAGCGCCUGAAACCGACCAAUCCAACAGCUCAGAAGGCCCUGACGACGCCCACUCACUACAAACUGACCCCGCGUCCGGCCACCAGGGUGCGACCUAAAGCCCUGUCCUCGUCUGGAACCUCCAAGUCUCAGCUGUUCGACGGACUGGACGAUGAUGAGCCUGCGCUUUCCAACGGAGCCUUCGUCCCAAGGAAGAGCAUAAAGAAGCUGGUGUUGAAAAACCUGAACAGUUCUCAGUACAGCAGUCCCCUGUCCAAAGAGACGGACGACCUCGCCUCGCCUCCAGAGUACCCCCAGAACGGACACAGCCCGUCAGAGGAGGAGGAAGCGUCUCGGGAGGUGGCGGCCUCCAGCUCUCGCCCGGAGGAGGACCCGGAGGUGACCCAGUUUUACGUGAACCCCAUCGCCAAACCCAUCCCCCAGAGCAGACUCCACACCAGCCUACAGGACACCAUCAGCGACAUGAACAUGCACAAAGCCUCCAAGACCAGCCUCGAGCUGAGCAGCGAGGACGUGUCUGCGUCUCUGGGGGAGGAGUCUCUUCAGGACGAUCGGGACGACGAGCAGCUGGAGGUUCAGGCUCCGCAUCCUGCAGGCAUCGUGCUGACUCGGGCGGGUUACUUCACCAUCCCGUCUCUUGAGGAGCUGACUGAGAUGGUGGACUCGAACGGAGACUGUUUUGUAGAGAACUUCACCGUGGGCAGGAGAGGGUACGGCUCUGUGUUUUUCCCUGGAGAGGUGAACGUGGCCGGGCUCAACCUCGACGACAUCGUUCACUUCAGACGAAAAGAAGUGAUUAUUUAUCCAGAUGAUAAGAACAAGCCUCCGGAGGGACAGGGCCUCAACAGGCGAGCGGAGGUGACUCUGGACGGAGUGUGGCCCAACGACAAGACCACGUGUUCUCAGAUCCGCAGCCCCGAGCGCCUCUCAGAGAUGAACUACGAGGGGCGUCUGGAGAAGGCCUCCCGCAGACAGGGGGCGCGCUUCCUGGAGUACAGGCCCGAGACCGGCUCCUGGGUCUUUGAGGUCUCUCACUUUUCUAAGUACGGACUUCAGGAAUCAGACGAAGAUGAGGAAGUGCCGCUCAAACUCGACCCGAAGAAACUCAAGACCCUGGGCCCUGUUCCUCCUGUGGGCCAGCAGCAGGGGGCGCCGCAAACACAGUCCACUGUGGUGGUGGAGCCCUGUGCCCCCCCGGCGCUCGAGCUGGACAGCGACAUGGCCGACAUCACGCAGCCCCUCCCCUCAGAGAGCCCGGACGAACAGGAAGUGAGCGGCGGCGACAUCGGCCAGUCGGAGCACGCCGCCAUCUCAGGCUCCGCCCACAUCGCUACGUCCCUGGGAAUCAACCCCCACACGCUACAGAUCAUGAAGGCGUCUCUGUUCGCGGAGGAGGAGGAGGAGGAAGCGGCUGUGGACAUGUUUGUGGAGCCCAGACUAAAGUUCUCUGACGUGUCAUCUCCACGAGUGCAGGGACGGCCCUCAGUGGGAGGACUUCUACAGAGUCGAUUCCUGGCUCAGCUCUCAGAAUCUCCACGCUCCCCGUCCCUCCCUCACCCGUCUGUGCCCCGCCCCCUCGCGGCACCCGCUCUCUGGACGCCUCCGAAGAGUCUGGCUCCUCCCUCGCUUCCCUCUCUCCCGUCUCUCCCCUCGCUCCCCUCGCUCCCCUCUCGACAUCAGGAGAGCCUCAACAUCAGGACUGUGGGCGCGAAGAGACUGGGAGGACCUGUGCCUCUGAAGGAGUCUGUCACGUACAACAAGGGCUCUCUGCUGAUGGACGCCGGGUUGUUUCGGGGCCGCUCCUUCAGGGUGGGCUGGGGUCCUGGUUGGACUCUGGUUCACUCGGGUCAGACCCUGAGCUCCGAAUCCAAAGUCCUGGACAAAGACCUGGACUACAGCUUCCUGCCAAGACCCACGCACAAAACCCUCUCGGAGUCCCCUUACAAAGUGUCCGUGGAGCAGGUUCAGGGUCCAGACUCUGGUCUUGAUUUGGGUCUGGACUCUUCUGAAGCCCAGGAGCUGCGUGAGGCCGUGUUAGAGCGCCCCCUGGAGAUCUGUCUGAAGCACAGCAGGAUCGUGAGCUCGGAGCGCUGUCCGUUUGUGCAGCCUCAGAGCGGAGUGGCCGCGCUGCACGAGUACGCACAGUGGGCAGCGGAGGUCAGCGAGAGGCACGGCUCCGCCCAGCCUGUUCUGAACGACUGGAGAGAGGCCUGGACUCUGUGUGAGGCUCUGUGGGGCCGCCUGUCGCCUUCAGACCCGGACUUGGACCAGGACUCGGGCCAGGACCCCCCCAUAGGAGAGUACCAGCAGCAGCUCCUCCGACGCCGCGCCUUCUCCUCGUGGCUGGCUCAGGGCGCCCUCUGCAGGGUGGAGCGGGAAGUGUCUCUUUCCCAGGACAGACACGCGGACGCCAUUUUCAGUCUCCUCACGGGAAACUGCAUCAGCCAGGCCUGCCAGUUCGCACAGAAACACGGAGACCACCGGCUCUCCCUGCUCCUCUCCCAGGCUCUUGGCUCUCAGUUCUGCAGGGAGCUGUUGGCGCUGCAGCUCGCAGACUGGCACCGAAUGGGGACGGACAGUUACGUGUCGGAGGAACGUCUCCGGAUCUUCACGCUGCUCGCUGGGAAACCAGUGUGGGAAUCCUCAGACUCCUCCGUAAACGUGUGCUCGGAGUUGGACUGGAAGCGGUGCCUGGCCGUCCACCUGUGGUACAUGCUCCCGCCCACCGCCUCUGUGUCCGACGCCCUCAAGCGCUACCAGGACGCCUUCCAGGGCUGUUCUGACGGGGUGAGGUACGCCUGCCCCCCUCUCCCUCCGUACCUAGAGUCCGAGUGUUUGGACCUGGACGAGGAGGAUUCGGACAAGCGACCUCUGUACGACCUCUGCUUCCACCUGCUGAAGCUCUACAGCGACAGGCAUCACCCUCUCCACCCUCUGCUGGACCCUCUGACCCUGUCUCCUCACAGACUGGACUUCAGACUCAGUUGGCUCCUGUGGACGGUGCUGGACGCUCUGAACUACACUCACCUGCCGGAGUCGAGUCUGGGGCAGCUGCACCUCUCCUUCUGCUCUGUGCUGGAGCGAGAGGGACUGUGGCACCUCGGGGUCUUUGUGCUGCUGCAUAUACACAACCCCAGUGAGCGGGAGCGUGCCGUGCGUCUGAUGCUGCAGCUGCACUGCCCCCUGGAGGACACAGAGGAGUCACUGCGGCGGGAGCACUUCCUGACCCAGACUCUGUUGAUCCCAGAGUCGUGGAUCCAUCAGGCCAAAGCUCUGAGGGCCAAGAGCCUCAACGACACCCGGCGGCAGGCGCUGCACCUGUACAGGGCAGGGGAGUGGAGCCAGUGCCACCGCACCCUCACCCGCCACCUCGCCUCUGACUGCAUCAUCAACGAUAACCUGGACUUCCUGCUCGAGUUCCUGGAGGGCCUCAGUGUCCCUGAACGCAGCGCCGUGAUCCAGGACUGGGACUCCUCCGGGAGACUGUUCCUGGACUACAUCCGGGUCCUGAAGACUCUGCAGCACAUCCAGCAGUCUGAAGGGGGCGACAGCGGGUACGAGCUGGAGCGUCUCUACACCGAUGUCACGUCUCUGUGCGGGAGAAUCGAACUACUGCAGUGCUUCUGCGCCAAGGACCGCCUCGCCCAAUCAGAGAUGGCGAAGCGUCUGGCGAACAUCCUGCGCGUGGUGGUGUCGCUGCAGCUCGGCGACUCUCCGGAAGGCGGCGCCCCCCUGGUCCACGUGGCGCCGCACAUCAGCCGCCUGCCCAUGCCCGAAGACUACACGCUGGAGGAGCUGAGGGGGCUCACCCAGUCGUACCUGCGCCAGCUCGUCCUCAGCCAAUAGGAGCGAGGGGGCGGGACCGGGGUCGCCGCGCAACCAAUGAGAUGAGACUUUUGAAUAAACGUCGACGAAAGACUGUUUGACGCAGCAAUAGUGCCGUAACUUAAACUCCGCCAAGUGCAAAUGAGCGCGUCUGGUCCGUUCACCGCUUCUGACGAGUUUAAAGCUGCAUUAUGGAACUUUUCUGAAGGCUUCUAGGUCAAGUUACAGGUCCAGGUCAUUGAGAGAGACCGUUUACGUGAAGAAUUAAUGUUUUUUUGUCUAAAUCUGAGCUAAAUAAAUGACAAAGUGGCUGACGCUUCAUUUGGAAAAGUUUCACAAUGUGUCUUUAACCCAACAGACACUGACGAUGAGGCAGAUUUUAGAUACACACACGGGGAGAAAGUUAAUUUGCCCGGAAUUUUCCACAUCAUGGCUUGACGUAAUCAUAAUAAUUGUUUGUCAGCCUGAAAUUGAAUGAAAGUUAGAGAGAUCACUUUAUCGUCUUAAGCCCUUUUCGUACAGGAUUAAGUUUUACCUGUGGACGUUUGGUGUUUUGUAACAGUUACAGAGGAUGCCUGAGAUCUUAAUCCCGUGCCAAUGUUCCGUGUCGGUAAAGGCUUAUUCGCUCGGGAUGAGUGCAGCCUGGGAAUGUCUGUUACCACCUCUGUGUUACUGCGGGAUCAGCGAAGUUCGUAAAUUACUCCGUUUUGCUGAUGUUGACUGAGACUGAAAGAGAAAAAAACACGGAAAGAAAAGAAGCGAUUACAACAACAAACACUGAGAUUAAAGCUGCUCGAUUAUGGAAAAAAAAUCAUUAACACGAUUGUUUUUUAGUUACUCGAUGCUUUUAUUCAGCAUUUCUCUCUCAAAAAACCCACUUUGUUUUUGAUAAUUUAAAAUAAAUCUAGGCUACAAAUAUGAACCUUAGAGCAGUUUUGCGUUGUAUAAAACUCAUAAAAUAAACUUUGAACAUGAAAUAAGGCAUAGAAAAACGCAAAUGUAUCCAAAAUAAACCAUAUAUCCAGUUGUUCUACAAUCUCUAUUUAAAAACUAAAAUAAAUACACUUAUUUAUAAAAAAAUGUAUAUAUCAUAAAAUAUACUUUAAGUUUUUGUUUCAACUCAAUGAUAUGAGUUUGGAGAUCGUUUGACACACAAAUCGAAAUCGCGAUGAAAAUUCGAUUAACUACGCAGACUUAACUGAGAGGCAGAAUCACACAGGGCUAUUUUUUCUCACUGGAUUUCUGUGUUUGAUGAAAUAUAUUUGGUCAUUUGCUGCAGACUUUUUACUUAAAUUCUUAAAGCCCUCUUCACACGGGAUUAGUUUUACCUGUGGAUGUUUGGUGAUUUUUUAUUUUUUUUGUAAUAGUUGUGGAGGAUUUUUGAGAUCUUAAUCUGAAUCUGAAUUCACCUAAUUCGUGAAGCAAAAAUUCUGCCACAAAUUACCUACAAUAUUUCGCCAAAAGCAAAUGUCCAGUGAUAAUAAGAGUCCCGUGUGAAUCUGCAUCUCAGUGUUUGUUGUUGUUGUGUGUUGCAUCUUUUCUGUCUCUUUCUUUUCUUUACGCAUUCUUUUCUCUUUACAUCUCAGUCUAUGUCAGUAAAAUGAGUCAUUUAAUUGAGUCAUUUCACACAGGAUAAAUCCAACCUGGGGAUGUUUGGGAAUUUGCAAAUUACCGCCUCAACUCUGUCUUACUUGCAGCACAUUCGCACGGGCAGUUUGUAAAUUACUCUCUAUUAUUGACACUGACAGAAAAUAAAAUGGGAAAGAAAGAGAUAAAAAGGAAUAAAUACAACAACAAACACUGAGACGCAGAUUUGCACACGAAAUACAGUCGGUAAUUUGUGGCAGAAUUUUGACUUAAACUCUUAAAGCCCUCUUUGCACGGGGUUAGUUUUACCUGUGGACGUUUGGUGAUUUUUAAUAACUGUGGAGGACACCUGAGAUCUUAAUCCUGUGCAAAUUUGCCAUGUCUGUAAAUUUGUAAAUCGAAAAUUCCGCCGCAAAUUACCUAAGAUAUUUCUCCAAACACAAACGUCCAGUGAUAAGACGAGUCCUGAGCGAAUCUUCGUCUCGGUGUUUGUUGUUGUAACGUUAUCUCUUUCUUUUCUUUCCACUUUCUUUUCUCUUUCAAUCUCAAUCAUUGUCGGUAAAAUAGAGUCAUUUACGGAUUUCGUUUACAUUGACACAGAGGUGGGCCGGUAAUUUGCAAAUUCCCAGGUUUGUGGAACAUUUUAGGCAAAGCAGAAGCCUCUCCAUGAAAUCAAGCAGGUAGCGGUCGUCCACCAGAAAUGUUCCAGUGUGCAGCUUUAACAGCUUUAUUAUUUCCGAGUAAACUCUUCUGUGAAUGUUUUUGAUCCAAAUGUCACACAACUGACUUUAGCCAAUGGGAGCUGAGAAAGAGCCACGAGAAAUCCAGAGAGCCAAUCAGAGCGGAGGACUCAAGACUCGACCAAUGAAAAAGAAGCAAAGACGUUCAAAUUAAAGUCAGAACUGGGUUUGAAAUAAAAUACGAGAGAUGAGGUCACGUUACGAUGGGUUUAGUCCCGUUCUACAAGACUUCACUAAUAUAAAGACAAAACCUGGGACUAAACCUGGACACAGCAGAUCUGAACCAAGACCAAGGACUAAAUCAGAUCUAAAACAUGAACUAAACCAGGAUUGGAGUCUCGAUUUUGGCCUAAACUGGAGACUAAACCAGGACAUGGCAGGUCUAAGUCAAGACCAAGGACUAAAUCAGAUCUUUAAUCCUGGUUUAGUUCAUGUUUGAGUCUCAAUCCUGGACUAGACCAGGGACUAAACCAAUUAAUAAAUCAGAUUGUAAACAUGAACUAAACCAGGAUUAGAGACUUGAUCUCGGACUAAACCAGGGACUGAACCUGGACAUGGCAAAUUUAAGUCAAGACCAAGGACUAAAUCAGAUUUUUAAUCCUGGUUUAAUUCAAGUUUGAGUCUCAAUCCAGGACUAAAUCGGGGACUAAACCAGGACAUGGCAGGUCUAAGUCAAGACCAAGGACUAAAUCAGAUCUUAAACAUGAACCAAAACCAGGAUUAGAGUCUCGAACCUGGACUGAACCAGGACACAGCAGAUCUGAACCAAGACCAAGGACUAAAUCAAAUCUUUAAUUCUAGUUUAGUUAAAGUUUGAGUUUUGUUCUUGGACUAAAUCAGGGACUAAACCAGGACACGGCAGGUCUAAAUCAAGACCGAGGACUAAAUCAGAUUGUAAACACGAACUAAACCAGGAUUGGAGUCUCGAUUCUGGAUUAAACCGGGGAUUUAUCCCGGGGACUUAAUCUGGGGACAAAACCUGGGACUAAUCCAAAAAUUUAAACCUGGACACGGCAGAUCUGAACCAAGACCAAGGACUAAAUCAGGUCUUAAACAUGAACUAAACCAGGAUUAGAGUCUUGAUCUCGAACUAAACCUGGGACUAAACCUGGACACGGCAGAUCUAAACCAAGACCAAGGACUAAAUCAGAACUAGAGACUGGAUCCGGGUCUAAACCAGGACUAGACCCAUCAGGACUCAAAAGAGAACGGGCAGAUAAAUUUCUUUUGGUUUCUUUAUUUAUUGACAACUGAAGCGAUCGGAGAAGAGCUGGAUUGAAAGCGGCUGCCAGGUUUCAGCAGACGAGACGUUUAUUCUUUUAUGAUUCAUGUUUAUUAUUUGAGUUAUGAUUGUUGUUGUUUUUUGUUUUUUUUUCAAGAGUAGUUCGAAUGUGGAGCAGAAAAAGGAUAUUUUUGUAGAAUUACAGAGAUGAUCGUACGGAGGUGAUCGCCGUAAAGUUUGUGAGAAGAAAUGAAUGACUUUGAUGCAAGAUAUUUUUAAUAAAGAGUUGAAGUAAUAA